AUGGCGACUUCAGCGCGUUUCGUUUCGUCAUUGCGACGGAGUGCGUUCUCGUCUCGAGUUUCGCCGCGUUUUCAGCACCUGAAACCGACAUGUCAAGUUCGAUGGGCCGGAGUCUCGUCCGCGACCUCGGAACCUCACCAGCCAGAUGAGAAGGGGACAGUAACGGGUGCGACUGCACCUGCAAAAUCGAUCAAAUUCACUUCGGAAUCAUAUCCACAAAUUCAAAGAGAUUCCAAAUUCACCAAGCUUUCAGAAGAACAUGUAAAAUUCUUCCAGGACCUCCUAGGCUCAGACUCUGCCGUCAUUGAUGGUGUCUCUAAAGAUGCAUCUGAAGAUAUUGAGCCGUUCAACAGCGACUGGAUGCGCAAGUUCCGCGGCCACACCAAACUCGUCCUGAGACCUAGCUCUACAGAAGAAGUCAGCAAGAUUCUCAAAUAUUGUAAUGACAAAAUGCUUGCUGUUGUUCCGCAAGGUGGCAACACUGGGCUUGUUGGUGGCUCUGUGCCCGUCUUUGAUGAGAUUGUCAUCAACCUACAGAAGAUGAACGAGAUCAGGUCCUUCGAUGAGGUUUCUGGUAUCCUCGUAGCAGACGCUGGCGUUAUCCUUGAGAUUGCAGACAACUAUCUCGCUGAAAGAAACCACAUCUUCCCGCUUGAUCUUGGCGCUAAAGGCUCGUGUCAAAUAGGUGGCAACGUUGCGACUAAUGCUGGUGGCCUUCGCCUUCUCCGAUAUGGUAGCUUUCACGGCAAUGUUCUGGGCAUCGAGGUUGUGCUCCCUGAUGGAACUAUCGUGGACGACCUCUCAACCCUUCGCAAAAACAACACUGGUUACGACCUCAAGCAGCUCUUCAUCGGCGGCGAGGGCACAAUAGGUAUCAUUACGAAAAUAUCCAUUAUCUGCCCGCGAAGAUCGCCAGCUGUCAACGUUGCCUACUUUGGUCUCGAGAGUUACGAGAAGGUCCAAGAAGCGUUUCGGGAAGCCAAGGGCCAGCUGUCUGAAAUCUUGUCUGCUUUCGAGCUCAUGGACGGGCGCACACAGAAGCUAGUCAACAAAGUGACGGGUAAGAAGAUGCCACUAGAGGGGGAACACCCUUUCUACUGCCUCAUCGAGACCAGUGGCUCGAACGUAGAUCACGAUGGCGAGAAAUUGCAAGCCUUCUUGGAACAUGUCAUGGAGACUGAAGUGGUAACCGAUGGAGUCCUUGCUCAAGACCAGACUCAAAUCCAGGAGCUCUGGUCAUGGCGAGAAGGCAUCACAGAAGUCUUGGGCCAUGAGGGAGGCGUCUACAAGUAUGAUCUGUCAAUUCCCAUAGCAGAGCUAUACGACCUGGUCAAUGAGACAAGAGACCGUCUUACAAAGGCUGGCCUAGUCGGCAGCGACUCUUCCUUUCCGGUAGUCGAUGUGGUUGGGUAUGGGCAUAUGGGGGAUGCCAAUCUACAUCUCAACGUCCCAACAAGAAGAUUCGACAAAGCCGUAGAGAAGGAACUGGAACCAUUUGUGUACGAAUGGGUGCAAAAGCGAAGUGGUAGUAUCAGCGCCGAGCAUGGCUUAGGCGUCACGAAGAAGCCAUAUGUUGGUUACAGCAAAAGCGAGACAAUGAUCAAGUUGAUGAAGCAGAUUAAGGAUCUGUAUGAUCCGAAGGGUAUCAUGAACCCGUACAAGUACAUAUAA